AUCUGACUCAAUAUCCCCUUCAAUUAUUCAAAACAUUAACUCCAAAACAAACAUUUAUUUUUCUACCUUAAACCAAUCAUCAUCAUCAUCAUCAUGGAUUAUUCACAGUUAUAGAAUAAUAAUAGUUAAAAUAUUCUUCCCCUUAAUCUAAAGCAAUCACCACCAACCUUUCUUCUUCAUCCUUCCUACCACUUUAUUAUACAACUCAGAAUAAGAAACCGAAAGUCAGAGGAAGGAAAAAAACAGAAAAGUAAGUAGCGCCCUUCGGAUUUUCUUUGUUUAGUGUGUUUAAUUUUUAUUAGAAAAUUCAUAAAAAGUGAAACUUAUUUAUGUCCUUCCAAAUCCCCAGUUUCCAGUUAUUAGAAAUUAUGAGUAGGAUGAGUUGAUGGAUGGAAAUAUGAAAUGGAGGGUGGGAAGAGGAAAGGGUUGAUGAUGAUUAGCAUGACCCGAAAGCCGCCGUCAACCAUCGGCUCCUCUUCCUCUGGUUAUAUUAAUCAGGCUAUUCAUGAAGAAAAUCUAGCCCCACAGCGGAUACCUCCCUUCCAACCUUCCUCCAAUAUUGAAGAUGACCAUGGUGUUGUUGCCGAGGUCCCGGUCCCCAGUGUUGAUUCUCCUCCUCCGCCGCGGCCAUGGUUGGAAAGCGUUUCGAUUCUCUUGCCGGAUUGGGAGGUUCUCGUCAUCGUUUUACCGGAUGAUACUGCCCGGAUGAUGUCAUAUAACGAUGCCGGCGAUGGAUACCAUUGUUUGUUUCCCAAUAAUGAUGUUUCGCCGGCGAAGCCGUCUGGGUUGCUUUCUUCUCCUGCUAGGUCAACCUUCAAGUGCCUCCUUCCCAACAGGAUCCGCCGGAGACUCCCCUUCCCGAACCCGGUCCUCACGAAGAGUCCCGAUCAGCCGUCCCCGCCGCCUCCACCGGUGCCGACGGAGAUGUUCCGGUGGACGUACGUCGUGUACGACUCCAUAACCACCGACGACGACGUGGUGGUGCUGGCCAAAGGGAUCAACACCCGGCAGGGAGUCAACCGGGACCCUUCCGAACUGAAGUGCGUGUUUUACCAUUCAGAUGACGACGUCGCUGACGGCGUGAGAACGGACGUUACGAAUUCGAUGCAAGAGGUAUUCCGUUGCAAACGGCCUUCCGGAUUGGAAGAUGAAAGGCUCGUCAAAGUCGCGGUUGAAAUUAUCCAAGAUAACAAUACAAAGGUGGUCCCCACGGUGGCGUACUAUAACCCAUCCCUGCGCAAGUUAGCAAACCAAGGAACAAAAGAAAAGGACCAAAAGGCGCUACUGUGCGCCUGCACCAUGGUAUUCAACGUGGCCAAAUUCUUGAAAGAGUGGGUAAUGUACCAUUCCAAGCUCGGCGUUGAGAGAUUCGUUCUCUACGACAACGGCAGCGACGACGAUCUCCAAAACGUCGUCGCUGAGCUCAACCGUAACGGCUACGACGUCACCACUUAUUUCUGGCUCUGGCCCAAAGCCCAAGAAGCCGGAUUUUCUCACAGCGCGGUUUAUUUGAACGAUUCGUGUACCUGGACGGCUUACUUCGACGUGGACGAGUUCAUUUACUCGCCGGAAUGGUCCGACUCCGCCGCCCCGUCAAAGCUCAUGUUGCAUUCCUUGUUAUCCGACGGCGACGGAGACGGAGCUCCGUUACCGAAGAAGGGGGCGGUUCAUAUUGACUGCCGGGAAUUCGGGCCGUCGAAUCAGACGGAGCAUCCGCCAACGGGUGUGACGCAAGGGUACAACUGCCGGAAACGGGGGGAGAACCGGCACAAGUCGAUUGUUUUGCUCGACGCCAUCGACGAUUCGUUGUUGAACGUGAUCCAUCAUUUCAAUCUGAAGCCUGGGUUUGUGGGGAAGAAGAUGAACGUGAGGAGGAUGAUUGUGAAUCAUUACAAGUUCCAAGCAUGGCCGGAGUUUAAAGCUAAGUUCCGGAGACGGGUUUCGGCUUACGUCGUGGAUUGGACCAAACAGGUGAACCCGAAUUCUAAUGAUCGGACUCCCGGGUUGGGUUUCGAAGCUGUGGAGCCCCCCGACUGGCCCCGGAAGUUCUGUGAAGUUGAGGAUGAUGGGUUGAAACAACUUACGCUUAAAUGGUUCGCCGUUGACUCCGCCUCCGACGCCGGCGGCGGCUUCAAGAUGGCCUGGCAAUAAUUAAAUGAUGUGGUUAUUACUAUUUUAUUCAAGAUCCCCCAUGCAUGCGCAUGCACUUGCAUACACAUGAAUUGCUUUGCCAGAAUAUGAAAUUUGACGGCUUCACUCUUGCUGACGAAAUAAUAUUUAACCUUUUCCUCACAAGAAAGUCAAAGACUUCUGGUGGAGAAGACGGCGCUGAUCGGAGUGAUAUUGCAGGCAUUGCCGGCCGGAGAAGUGCCGGUGAGCGCAUUACUUAUUAAUUUUGUGGCCUUUUUUAUUGUUGUUUUGCGACAUGUUUUAUGUCACUAGAUCGAGGAUGCUGUAACAUAGAGUACAUACAGUACACCACUUCAUUUUCUUAAUUAGCUCAAUAUAUGGUUAAUGUAGGAGAUUAUUAGAGUUAGAUACGACAUAGAAUACUUUUCUUUCUCCUUUAUUAUUCAAAAAACAAAGCAAAAAAAAAAAAAAAAAAAAGAUUAUCCUUCCAUUUUGUUCAUUUUUCCUGUCAGUUGAAAAUAGGCAAUACAUGAGUUUGGAAAUUACUGAACAGGAAAGUAUGCAAUAUUAUUCCCCCUUUAAUAAUUUAUUUAUUAUAAUGCAUAUUUUGGUUUCUGAAUGUGGUUUUAGAUCACACGAACUUAUGUUUUUGACUAAUUUUGUAAGACUGCUGCAGGCUUCCUGUGGUUUACAUUUUGUACACUAGCUGGCUAAACCUGCGGUAUUACUUCAAAUUUAAUUU